CAUCCCACCAAAAUCUACAGACGGCCGAGCCCGUGAAGUCAACCGCCAUGCCGAAGGAAAUCAGGGAUAUCAAGCAGUUCAUCGAGAUUGCCAAGCGCAAGGAUGCGAGGGCUGCGCGGAUAAAGAAGAACCCGCCCAAGACCCCCAACGGCAAGGUCUUGACGAAGUUCAAGGUCCGGUGCUCGCGCUACCUCUACACCCUCACAGUGGACGACCCCGAGAAGGCGGAGAAGCUGAAGCAAAUCUUCCCCCCUGGUCUCACCGUCAACGAGAUCAAGAAAACGCCGAAGAAGAAAUGAGCGUUCGCAUGGGCUUUAUCUGGGCGGUCGGUCUCCGAGAGGAGGAUGUUGGCGUUUGCGCCAACGGGGUGUUCGAGCCAGUGCGGUUUGCUCGCAAAUUAUGUUAUGUCAUGUUUUGGGACGCAUUCCUUCGCAUGCAUGCAAUGAUCCAUGUUCGGCAUGAUGACAACACAAUAUACGCUCGAACUUGCC